AUGGGUGGUCAUACCAUAAAACUAGAUAAAACUAUUAAAUAUUUGGGCGUAAUCUUGGACCACCGCCUCUUGUGGAAUUCACAUAUUGAAUACAUAACUAAACGUACAGGGAAAAUUUUUAACGCUUUUGCAAGUAUUGCAAGAGGUCGUUGGGGACAUGCCACUGAGGCGAUGGAUGCAAUUUAUAAUCAGAUUUAUAUUCCAAUUAUUACUUAUGCUUGUGGAAUUUGGGAAGGUGAUGUUUAUAAGACUCAUAUAAAGCGUAAACUUAUUUCGUCACAACGUAGAGCUCUUAUUCAAAUCACCAAGGCCUACAAUACCACACCCAAUAUCUCUAUUCAAGUUCUGGCUAAGAAAGCCCCUAUUGAUCUUAUCAUCACCACCUAUUUUAAACAAUUUCAAAUAAAGCAUGGCCUUGAUAUUUAUAUUAGCAACCAACAAAUAAGACACAUCGACUUGGAACAAGAAAUUUCUUUUGCCAUUUAUUCACAAUCUUUGGCCCUUUCGUACACACCGUCAAUCGUCUUCGAGCAACCCUCUUACAACGAUUACGAAAUCUUUACGGAUGGUUCGAAAACAGAUAUAAAGGUUGGUUGUAGUUAUGUUGUUUACCAGAACGGGCAGGAGAUUGCUCUGGGCCAGUUCAGAUUGGGUGAACAAUGCACUAUUUUUCAAGAAGAACUCUAUGCCUUGAAAAUGGCCAUUACUUGGGCUAACAAUGUCCAUCAUAAACAAAUAGCUAUCAUUACUGAUAGCUCUUCCUCUAUUGCAAUCCUUCGUAAAGGAUCCUUUCACCCAAUCGUUUAUGACAUUAACACUCUCAUUUCCAAGUCUUCCAAUCGAUAUUAUAUUUACUGGACUCGUGCACAAAUAUUCAUGAUACUCAUGGUAACGAAAGGGCUGAUGCCUUAG